UUCGAUGGGCAAGACAGUCGUGGUUCCCAAGUCGUGCGCGGGCGGCCUGCGCGCCAAGAAGACGGCCACUCAGCUUCAGACCCGGAAGAAGCCGAAAACUAUCCUGGAAGAGACCGCAGAAGCUGAUCCUGCAGAAUGCUGUCUCUGUGGGCAGACCAGCCGUGACAUCGAUCGCGACGGCGAUGGCAUCGCUUUGGUCAAGUGGGUGAAGAAUGAUCGGAGCUCCGUGGCUGGCCGGCUCAGGAAAGAAGGGGAGUUCAAACACGAGGAGAAGAAGACACUCAAAGGCCGGACCUCAUCCGUCGAGAAGAGCUACGUGGACUCAUUCGAGGAGGGCGGCUUCUACAAGCUCUCGGCCUUCUGCAAGAUCUACAAGGUGCCCUAUGCUCGCUCCGAUGUGGAAGAUGAGGUCAUCGAGAAGAUUCGCCAUAAGUACCCCGCUGCAGAGAUCUCCAGGAACACCAGGUUUCGCGCCAUGGGCGUGUGGAUGGUCAAUGAUCCGAACCCUCAGCUUGCAGAUUACAGGUUUCGGCGCGGAGUCAAGAGCGGUGCAACCAACAAGAGAGUGGAGGAGCAUGCUGAUGAAGACCUUGCUGAUGAGGCCUACAAGCAGCAGAGGAAGGUCAGGCGACUGACUAGCAAGGCCCCUUCUGCGCUGCGAGCUCGGAGCCACGACGUGGAUGACAAGGACGUGGCCAACAUGGAGGACGUCGCCGAGUCCGACGCCGACGCAGCAGAGUCCGAGCCACCGCAGCGGGCCACGUCGAUGCAGUCUCCUUCUUCCUCUGGGCCAGGAAUGUUUGCGUUGCCGUGCGACGCCAAGUCUCGCGACUCUCGUGGCAGCGCCGUGGAGCUCAGCGUGGCCCGCGACGGCGACGACGACCGCGCGGACGAUACUGGCGGCUCUGUG